AUUGAGAUUAUCAGCACUAUCACCUGGACAAGCAGCGGGUGGGCCGCCCCUCUUGGCCAGGUCUUCUGCGCGCACUGACGUUGUAAGAAAGCUGUCCCCACGUCUCCCACACCCACCGACGCCAGGCGGCCGCGUCUGGGCCCGAUACGGAUCACGCCUGCGGAGCGCACCUCCACAUGGGCAGCCCUCGUCCAGGGCGCAGGGCACAUGUCUACGGCCCAGUCCUGCAGACGGCUACCAAGAGACCCCAAUGCGCAGGAAACCUUCCCAUGGCUGCAGAGCUGCCCCUAAAGCAAGACUAGAGGCGAAGCCAGCCAACAGCCCCUUCCCCUCCCAUCCCAGCUUGGCCCAGAUCACCCAGUUCCGAAUGAUGGUGUCUCUGGGACAUUUAGCCAAAGGAGCCAGCCUGGACGAUCUCAUUGACAGCUGCAUUCAAUCUUUUGAUGCAGAUGGAAACCUGUGUCGAAGGAACCACCUGUUGCAAGUCGUCCUGACCAUGCAUCGGAUUAUCAUCUCCUCUGCAGAACUGCUCCGAAAAGUUGUCACCCUCUAUAAGGAUGCUCUGGCAAAGAAUUCACCAGGACUUUGCCUGAAGAUCUGCUAUUUUGUAAGGUAUUGGAUAACAGAAUUCUGGGUCAUGUUUAAAAUGGAUGCCAGCUUGACAGACACUAUGGAGGAGUUUCAGGAACUGGUGAAAGCUAAGGGUGAGGAGUUACACUGCCGCCUGAUUGACACAACUCAAAUCAAUGCCCGUGACUGGUCCAGGAAACUUACUCAAAGGAUAAAAUCAAACACCAGCAAGAAACGGAAAGUCUCCCUGCUCUUUGACCAUCUGGAACCGGAAGAGCUAUCCGAGCACCUCACCUACCUGGAGUUCAAGUCCUUCCGAAGGAUAUCAUUCUCUGAUUAUCAGAAUUACCUUGUAAAUAGCUGUGUGAAGGAAAACCCCACCAUGGAGAGAUCUAUUGCUCUGUGCAACGGUAUCUCCCAGUGGGUACAACUGAUGGUUCUCAGCCGCCCCACCCCGCAGCUCCGAGCAGAAGUCUUCAUCAAGUUCAUCCAGGUGGCUCAGAAGCUCCACCAACUACAGAACUUCAAUACACUGAUGGCUGUGAUAGGUGGGCUGUGUCACAGCUCAAUCUCGAGGCUCAAGGAGACAAGUUCGCAUGUGCCACAUGAAAUCAAUAAGGUUCUCGGUGAGAUGACUGAGCUGCUGUCCUCCUCCAGAAACUAUGACAAUUAUCGGCGAGCCUAUGGAGAGUGCACCGACUUCAAGAUCCCCAUUCUGGGUGUGCAUCUCAAGGACCUCAUCUCCCUGUAUGAAGCCAUGCCUGACUACCUGGAGGACGGGAAAGUGAACGUCCACAAGCUACUGGCCCUGUACAAUCAUAUCAGUGAAUUGGUCCAGCUGCAAGAGGUGGCCCCACCCUUGGAGGCCAACAAGGACUUGGUACACUUGCUGACGCUAUCCCUGGAUCUCUACUACACUGAGGAUGAAAUCUAUGAGCUUUCCUAUGCCCGGGAACCAAGGAACCACAGAGCUCCACCACUAACACCUUCAAAGCCACCAGUAGUAGUGGACUGGGCUUCUGGAGUAUCUCCCAAACCUGAUCCAAAGACCAUUAGCAAACACGUCCAGAGGAUGGUGGAUUCUGUCUUCAAGAACUAUGAUCACGACCAGGAUGGAUACAUUUCUCAGGAAGAAUUUGAAAAGAUUGCUGCGAGUUUUCCAUUUUCCUUCUGUGUGAUGGACAAAGACAGGGAAGGCCUCAUCAGCAGGGAUGAGAUCACAGCCUACUUCAUGCGAGCCAGCUCAAUCUAUUCCAAGCUGGGCCUGGGCUUUCCUCACAACUUCCAAGAGACCACCUACCUGAAGCCCACUUUUUGUGACAACUGUGCUGGAUUUCUCUGGGGAGUGAUCAAACAAGGAUAUCGAUGUAAAGACUGCGGGAUGAACUGCCACAAACAGUGCAAAGAUCUGGUUGUGUUUGAGUGCAAGAAGCGAGCCAAGAACCCAGUAGCUCCCACAGAGAACAACACCUCUGUGGGGCCAGUGUCCAACCUUUGCUCAUUGGGAGCCAAAGAUCUGCUCCAUGCACCUGAGGAAGGACCUUUUACGUUCCCUAAUGGGGAGGCUGUGGAACACGCUGAGGAGAGUAAGGAUCGGACCAUCAUGCUGAUGGGAGUGUCCUCACAGAAGAUUUCUCUUCGGCUGAAGAGGACUGUUGCCCACAAGGCCACCCAGACUGAAUCACAGCCUUGGAUUGGCAGUGAGAGCCCUUCAGGUCCCUUUGCGCUAUCUUCCCCAAGGAAGACAGCCCAGGAUACUCUUUAUGUGCUUCCCAGCCCCACCUCUCCAUGUCCCAGCCCGGUCUUGGUCAGAAAGCGGGCUUUUGUCAAGUGGGAGAAUAAAGACUCCCUCAUAAAAUCAAAGGAGGAGCUCCGCCACCUGAGACUGCCUACCUACCAAGAGCUGGAACAGGAAAUAAAUACUCUGAAAGCAGAUAAUGAUGCCCUAAAGAUUCAACUGAAAUAUGCACAGAAGAAAAUAGAAUCCCUCCAGCUUGAAAAAAGCAAUCAUGUCUUAGCUCAAAUGGAGCAGAGUGACUGUUCUUAGCCCAGAAACUCAAGUAGCACAAUCUGUAGAUGAGUAUAGUGGAGAUCUCAUUUCCUAAACUGUAACGCACAGACCUGAGGAACUUUAGAUUGACCAGCUUUAAAACAGUACUUUAAAAGGAAAAGCCUGUUAUUGUUUAUUUACCUAAAAGAUUCCUAAUGUGCAGCAUUGUUUUUCAGUCAGUUGACUCAAAGGGGGAAAACUAAAGAAUGAAAAACCUUUGCUAUUCAUACACUGACGUUCAUCAAAAGUAUGCGAUCUAAAACACGACUGUCACUUCCUUACAAAGGGGCAUCUCAGUGGCCUGCCUGGCUGAUUCGUCCUUAAAACUAAAAUCUCUGGAAAAUGUAUUUGCUUCUUACCCUGUGUUUUCUGCAAACUGACUUAUUUUGUUCCAGCCAAAGCUUGCUAAUAAUAGAAAACUACCCAUAUUCCAAAAGUAGAUUUCCUCUGUAUCCCAGCAUACUUUGUGAACCUGGCUCCUUCUUCACUACCUCAGAUCUAAUCAACUAGCCUAUGUACCCUCCUUCCUCACUACAAUCAUAACACACGAGCAUAUCUACCUAGAAGCGAAUUUCUACCCAUGUAGCCACAACUUUUUAGAGGCCUAUUAAACAUGACAUCAUCCAAUUGCAGGUCAACUCAUAGUUGUAGCCUUGCAACUUAACAGUCAUCAUAAAAUAAUCAAAUUAGGUACCUGGAAAUGUAGUUAUUACCAUCUCAUAUUACUGUCUAAUUAAAAUAAACCUAACGCAAACAUGUUUGUCCUUAUAUAUUCUACAGUGGAUAGAAUUAGGAAUUGAUGGCUUUAAAAAAAAAAAUCUAUGAAGAGUCUGUUUAACUCUUCAUGUUCCAUCUUUAUCUCUGAAGUAAACUAUUUUGAAAGUCCUCUUUUUUAACUGAAUUUGUGCUUAACUGUCUUCACUAUUAAUACUAUUUAGAAAUAAGCUAAUUGGAUCAGUGGCUUAAAUAACAGCUGUGUGUACAUAUGUAUAUAAUAUGUAUAUACAAUAUCAGGCAUGCAAGUGGCUUGGAAUUUUGUUUCCUCCAUAAAAUGUGGAAGUGAAUAAAACAAGUUUUAGUCAUUUAUACAAAGUCACAAAUAAAAGUUCAGUUUGUCACAAGAUGAAAUUGCUCACAAGGUAAAAUUGUAUUGUUUGGCAAAAUCACAAGUAACAAUCCUGUGAGUUUUCUAUUAUGCAGGUUAAUAAUAAAUGGGCUCAUUUAGUUGCCUGGGCAACUAUUCACAAAUUCAUUUGUCAGCCUCUUUUUAGUUCUCUUAAAAAAAAAAAACAACAUAUGAUCAUUUCCUUUUUGGGGGUACUUAGCUUCCAUGCCUAUUAAGUCUGCUACUAGACUGACUUGAAAUUCAUAAACAAGUUGUCCAAUUGCCAAGAAUAUGUUAACAAUUAAAAGUUCCAAACCUAAAGCCAAUAGCACCAAGUUUUCGUAAGAAUACGAAGUAUAUAUACAGUAUUGCUUACCUGGAGGAUUCAGAUCAUUUAGGAAUUCUCUUUGAUGAAAGGCCAGUUCCCAUUUGCAUUCCUCCUUGCACUGAAUUUUAGUAAUGUAGAACUAACUUGUAGUUAGUGUUUCAUUAUAUUAUAAAGAAUCAUUUUACACACAUAUUUACCCUUUUCCAAAUUUAAACUCAGAAAUACCCAAAGCAGGCCUGCUUAGGCCCACUACCUGGCAUAUAAACUUAAUAGUAACACUUUGUUAUUUGCUUUUUAUAGGACAAACAUGAGUUAGGACAAACUCUAAAAUUCAUAUUCUUCACUGUUCUUCUUUUCCUUUUAUAUAGACCAAAGACGGUAUACUCCAAUUUUUUAAAACAGUCAAGGAACACAAUUUUUUUCAUUCUUCCUACUCUGCAUUCAAAAUAAAGAUCCCCAGUUUUUAUAUAAAUAAUCUAUAGGGAUUCAAAAGGUCGCAGUCCCCUUAAUUAGUCAAAUUAGCAAUGGCUAAACAGUAUCCAGUACUGCAGAAUUUAUCACUGAAAUGGAUAAGAGGAAACAGUUUCAUCACAGGUUUUUACAGUCCAGCAAGGGGCAACGAGGUAUAGUAUACAAGUUAAUAGUAUUUGCGUUGAGCAACAUGGGGCUAGAGGGAUCACAGAAAUAAUAAGAAAAUAAAAGCAAGGUUUUGGCUUAUCAAGCCGAGUGCACGUUUUUGCAUCUCACACGACUUUAGUUUGGCCAGGUAUUUAUCUGCCAAAACAAGGACAAAUCUUGUUUUAUUAACAGCAGGAUCACUUCUCUUUUUCUUUGCUGACUCACCUUUUUACUGGCCCGUUGUGAAUUUCUGUCUAAAAAUGUAUAAUAUAGAACUGCAAGAAAAAAAAUGUACAGAUUGUAAAGUUUUUUGAUACCUAAUGUAAGUUUUCUUUGUGUAAUAUUUAUAUGAUAAAAGACAUUAGGAUCCUUACAACA